CAAACUCUGCAAAUAAAAAAUAAAAGUUUACAGACGUUUCUUAUCUGUCCUUGAAUCUUUCCCUCCCUAGUUACUCACUAUGUUACUAUCAGUAUAUAAGUAAACAGUGGCCUCAUGGGUUUGCAUAGAUGAAUUAAAGCAGAGUUAAGAAGUACUGUCUCUUCUCUAUGGCUUUGAAUCUUCUGCUUCUCUCCUUCAUUUCUUUGAGCUUUUGUGGGGUGGUGAGUGCUGAAGAUUCUGUACUCAGCCCUGCGGUGUUGGCUCAGCAAGAAGCAGACCGAGUCACUGGACUUCCCGGCCAGCCACCGGUGAAGUUAAAGCACUAUGUAGGCUAUGUUACUGUCAGCGAGACUCAUGGAAGAGCACUGUUCUAUUGGUUCUUUGAGGCCACCCACAACCCUGAAAAGCAGCCUGUACUAUUGUGGCUCAAUGGAGGUAAUUAAUAAUACUUUCACAUUUAUUAUGGAUGGGAUCUUCCUCUCAGUCCGUUAAAAUGGUUAAAUGUAGCUAAUUAUUAGGUAAGAAAAUUUUAUGUCAUCA